ACGCAACGGCAGCAGAAAUGGUUAACCAACACUGUCUAAAAAAAUGUGAAUCGGCCGUAGGGAACUUGUUUGUUUUGCACAGCCGAUGCUAUCGUGGGUUUGUUUACGUUUUGGUUGGCCCGUUUUAUUGUUAUUUUUUGGUUUGACAUCCGAAACUGUCGAAGCUGUCAGAUCGUGCCGGCCGGUAGUGUGACCAGAUUUGUUUUGGCGGCUCUGGCCAUAUUAGACCGAAAAUACACGGACCGGAAUUCCACCUGCUGUCAAAUCUCGCUAGUGUAAUAACGCGCUGCGAAUCAGAAUUGGCUUUUAUGGCAAUUAUUCUACUGAUAAAAACAGUCGAAAACACGUUGAACACAUUCACUGUGUUUGUUUUGUCUCUUUUAAUUUAAACGAAAAAAAGCUUUUGAUUGAGCAAUCUGACAGCUAAAUUCCUCUGGGUACGGAAACAACCACGAGCACGCAAAUUUCACUUUUCUUACCGUGGUAAAAGCUGCCAAACGCGUUUUGACGUACGAAUUCUUACUACCUACCCAGUCUAAUAUGGCCAUCAUCGGUAGGAGCAAGGUUCCUGUAGGGUAGUGGUAAACAUACAUUGUCUGAAAACGCACGCCCGCUGCCUAAGAUAGAGGUUGAUGCAUACAGUCCCAAGUGCCACAAAUCCACUAAACGACCACUAAACGGGUUCUUAACGCCUCAAGCUCUCUACCUAAACUGAAUAUAAAAAGGCUUCGUUUAGCAGACGAUGAACGACUGAUGCAUUCUAAAACUAGUAAAAAGCUGGUGACGCCAUCUGUUUGUGGGAUUCCAACCAGUGGAGCUUAGCUUCUUCGCUUCGGGAGCUUUCCCAUUUCCUCUGUACUGUUGUACAGAGUCUAAAUAGUGCAAUCCGAAUUCUUUUUUGAGCCAUGGUAACUUCUGUCAAACGCGCUUUGAUAUAUCGAUUCCAACUCCAUCUACCAAAUCUAAUAGCACCAUAAACAAUCUGUAGUACUACAGAUAAACCGCGUAGUUCUGGUCACUCUGGCCGCUCAUCCAAUAACAUACACACUCACACACUCAUCCCCCGGUCCAAAACAAAGCGUCCGUGCGAGACGCUGCAAAGAGAUUAUUGUAACAAAACAUAAUUAUUUACUUGCUUGCUUUUUCCUUUUGCUGCUUGUUACAUUGGUAGGUGUGCUGGAUUUGCAGACUCGACAGACGACGGUGAACGGUUUCAAUGCGCUGCUCCUGGUAGGAUUUGUAUCGUGUUGGUAGGUUGGUUUGUGCGAAAGCAGGAACCAAUUUCUCUGGCCCGACAAAAUCGCACGAUGAAGCGUAACCACUGGGGCAAGCUGGCGGACGGGUCGGACGACCGGAAGGAGCUGGAUGCGAACGAUCUCGUGCUGACGAUGAGCAAGAUGGACAAAUUCCAGCAGAUCAAGCUGCCGUACACCAUCACCAGAGAGAAGCGUGUACCUCUAAAGAACCCGCUCGUCACGCAAACGGUGGAGGUCAUGAAGCAGACCGAAAUGAUCCAAACGCUCAUCGACACGUACUCGACCAAGUCGGGCUGCAACUACAUACUGAACCCGUGCCAGCUGAUGCCGACCGUCCACUUUCCCGCGAGCAACGUGGUCGACCUGACGCGGAUGGAGAAGAUCACGCGCCCGUUCUGGUUCGUGCUGCCGGACGAGACGCCCUUUACGCGGGGCGACCGGCGCAACUACGUGAAGCUGUCGAAGCCGGUCGUGCUGCAGGCGCUGCGGAAGGCGGCCUGCGGCCUGCUGUGCAUGGAGGGCUUCUCGGAGAUAAACGAGUCGGCGCUGAUCAUGAUAGUGGACGGGCUGGACCAGUACCUGCGGCUGCUGACGAGCGCGCUCCGGUCGGCCCGGUCCGAGCAGGACGAGGAGAUUGGGCCGGUGCCGACGCUCGCGAUGGUGCAGCGCAUGUGCCACGGUAUCGGGCGGGCCCCGGUCUACCAGCUGCACAACUACUACAAAAAGCUGAUGACCAAAAACCGGGACGAGGUGCGGGAGUUCAAGGACAUCUACCAGGAGUACGACCGGCUGCUGCAGGAGAACCAGCUGUCGGUGCAGAACAUGCAGAAGCUGGGCGACCUGAAGGAGGAGGACUACAUGAGCUUUCUCGAUCCGCAGUCGCACUCGUCGAACGGCACGACCAUGGACGGGACGGCGAUGAACAUUAUCAACUUCAUCAACGGCGAAACGGUUAAUGGUUUCAAGGACAUUCUCGAGGGUGAGCUGCUGGAGAACAGCAGCACGCAGGACUCCUCCGAUCAGAUGCAGAACCAGCAGUUCUAUCAGGCCGAUUCUUCGUCACAGGGCGGGUUUGCCCCUUCCGGACCGAUGUAGCAGUGCGCCGAGCAGCCGCCGCAGCAACGCUUUGCAUUCUAGAAUGGCAUUGGAAAUAGAAAGAAGUAAGUGACGGGUAAAACGUGUGGCUUUAGAAACAUACGAGCAGCUGGUUCUAAAAUGCAGCUGCUGGAAGCAAUCGAGCGAAUCAAUAGAAGCAUGGAGUCUGUAUAGAAGUAAAUUAGUUUCGCUUUUGCAUCCCAUUAGCAGAAGCAGCUUUUAAGAAGAGAAAAUCAGUACGAAACAUGACAAGCAAAGUACUACGAUUUGUUACAUAGGGGACCGGGUUAGUUUAACUUUUGUUAUGUAACGCAAAAUAUAGUUUUUAUUUUUUAUUUUUUUCGAAUAAUCGAUGGUCGUAAUUUUAAAAAUAAAUCGUAAAAAGCGGCCGAAACUCUUGCAAACAUCC